GCAUGCGUGAAGCAUAUUUCCGUAGGUGAGGUAAGCGUUUAUAGGGAGCCGAGCGACGCAGUUAGGUCAGUCGGGCGUACCUAUCACUACAUAUCACAUCAUAAUAUAUUGACUGCACCCGUUGUUUUAAUCUCCGACCAGGCGAUUUUCUACUCUUUUAAACUUGGUUUGACAUUAGCUGCUCAUAUCCUCAAAUCAACAACAACAACAGUCAUGAUGCAAACAAAACUCAUCGUUGCUGCUUUUGCACUAUUGGCAACCUUGGUUAUAAUGAGUGAAGCCGGCGGCAAUUGUUUUGGUCCCAAAUGUGCUAAUCCUUACUGGAAGAAAGACGUUCAAGACGACACGCUAGUUGGCGAUGACGAAGACGACAUGAAUGACCUUCGUGAAAGGGAAUUUAUUGAGCAACAAGAAGAAAGGGACGCACUCCGCAGGCUACUCGUCAAACUGUUGCUACCCGAAGACGACGACCGAGACAAAAGAAAUGCCUUCAGUAAGUCUAGAAGUGCGCAAGACAAAAGGAGGAACCUUAUGGGCCACAACCGUAUUGUUACACUCAAGAAAAGUGCAGAUGAAUAAUCAAGUCGGUGUUGACUCUCCAUCCCUAGCUUAAAUGUUACAUUUCUUGGUAUAUCAUGCAGAUUUUUUUCUCCCUACUACGCCCAGUACAAGAUACCGGUGUCGACCCCACCGUACAUCAAGUCCACGCCUUCACGCUCAAAUAAUAACAAGAAGUAGUGAACUUUGGAACACUCACUUAGUGAUGAGAUUCAUCUAAGACAUAUCACAACUGUACCAGUUCGCCUCUCUUUAAUUCCGAACCGUUAAUGUGCUGUAUAUGGUUGCAGUGCAGUGCAUGAUAAAAUGCAAUUGUCAGUUUGAAAUAGGUCUAAAUGACAAUUUCAAUGUCGUCAAUUUUUUACCUUUAGAACGACUCGCCUUGUGCUGCUUAAAACUUGUCAAUGACAGGAGUUGUGAGUAUAUAAGACCACGUUUAUGAUUGAAUUGAACGAGCUCAUCUUUUGUCACGUGACGAGAUUUGGAGAUACAUUUUACUUGAUGGUCGGUGGGAAGUAGUCUGUUGUCGGUAAUACGUACCUAAACGCACCAAUGAAUUUUGAUUUUGCAACAAAUAUGCGAUCAGAAUCGAUAACUUUGAUUGUUUAUUUAUUUUGCCAUUUAAUGUUCUGUUUAGCUUUUAUGUGACAGGAGUAAUUUUAAUAUUAAACAUGGUUUAAUUUAUUUCACUAGCUUGCUGAUAAUAGUGUAAUAUAUUCUUGGGUUAAAUAAAUUAAUAUUGGUAAUGAA